AGGCUCUUCAUUACUUAGUCAUAGGCAAUACGGCUGUGCGGUUGCUGGCCGGUGCGCGCACUUAUUUGAAAAAAGAACAAGCGUGCUUCUUUUGUUUUUUUUUUUCAAGUUUACAAUUUCUUCGGUAAAAGUUACAUUAUAUCAUAAAACAGUUAAGAAAUUAUAAUGCAGUGAAAAAGUGUGUAUUUUUAGUUUAGAAAAAUAGAAAACUUAUUCAAGUAAUGAUGCAAGCGUCUUCAAGCAGCGAGCGCACUCCCCUGGUGCAACCCACAUACGUCUUCGAGUCCAGCUUGGCACGUCGCUAUCAGAAAAGACUGCACCACACACAAUGCGCCAUCUGCGUGUUUAUAAUAGCGAUCCUGUUGGUAGCCCUCCUAGUAACCAUUUCCUACAACUUGAGCAAUGACUUCGACGAUAUGGAUACCACAACAGUACCCAGUGCACCAGAGGUACCGCCAGAGAACAACUUAACGCUACUAGGGAUGUUCCCUGGCAUGAUCCCGCCUGGCCACUAUGCUAAUGGGACACCACUGGAAAUGCCACCGGAUUUACAACCGCUUCUUGACAAGGAGUGGCCGUUAAAAGAAAAACCAGUAGCAGCCUGGGCGGCCACACACCCAAGCAAAGCUGCCAUAGACUCAGCACUACUUAAGGGCAAAGCUGCUCUUCAAGAACUCGCGAAGGUGGAACUGCUCCGAAGGCCCUUAGCCAUGGACACUCCAGCUAACAGGGCACAGAGGGCUGCCGCUACUGGUGCUGAUGUCAAACCGCUGGCCGAUGCUGGGUAUGCUGCUGAAAUAGCCACCAAAGCACUUAUUAAUGGCACGGACAUAUCACAGAGACCAGGUGGAUCAGGCCAGGGCCCCAAGCUGAACGGAUCAUUCUCAGAGCCCCAGUAUUGUAUGGAAAACCCGCCACCAUGCCAGCCGUCAAAGUACAGGACUCUGGAUGGCACUUGCAAUAACUUGGAAAACGCGUACCGCUGGGGAGUAUCUAAGACUCCGUUUAGAAGAGUGCUGCCAGCUGAUUAUGGUGAUGGCAUCAGUUCCCCCCGCACGGGCGUGGACGGGGCCCCGCUGCCCAGCGCCCGCGACGUGAGCGUGACGGUGCACCGGCCCAGCUACGCGCACGACUCCGUGUUCACCGUUAUGCUGGCCGUCUGGGGACAGUUCGUCGACCACGACAUCACCGCCACUGCGCUUAGUAAAGGUCAGAAUGGCACAGCGCUCUCUUGCUGCGAUCCAUCUCAAACCCCGCACCCGGAGUGCUUCCCCGUAAGACUCGAUGUCGAGGAUCCCUUCUAUGAGGACUAUAACAUCACCUGCAUGGAGUUCGUCAGGUCGGCACCAGCUCCCACUUGUCAUUUUGGUCCUCGUGAACAGCUAAACCAGGCCACAGCAUUCAUCGACGCAUCCACAGUGUACGGGUUUGGCGAAGUUCGCAGUGCGUCACUGCGGUCAUUUGUGGGCGGUCAGCUGCGGAUGCUGAAGAUUGGAUCCACGGAGCUGCUGCCGCCUUCUACUGAUCCUAACGACAGCUGUAAUACGGCUGAGAUGAAUGCUAAGGGACGAUACUGCUUUGAGUCAGGCGACGACCGUGCGAACGAGAACCUCCACCUCACCACCAUGCACUUGCUCUGGGCACGACAACACAACCGCCUCGCCGCCAUGCUGCGCAAGCUCAACCCCGCCUGGGAUGACGACACCGUCUUCCACGAGGCGAGGCGGAUCGUUGGCGCUCAGAUGCAGCACAUCACAUACUCUGAGUUCCUGCCUUGUAUACUUGGUGCGGACGUGAUGUGGGCACUAAACCUGACGAUACAAGAUGAAGGCUACGCAGACGUGUAUGACCCCACAGUAGACCCGUCUAUCGCCAACCACUUCGCUUCCUCGGUCUUCAGAUUCGCACACACGUUAUUACCGGGUCUAAUCCACAACACAGACAAAAGCACGGGCACAAUCCAAUACACGCAGCUGCAUCAGAUGUUGUUCAACCCCUUCACUCUGUACACUAAGAAGGGACCUAAAGAGGCUGUUACCUCCGCCAUGAACACACUCGUCCAUACUGUGGAUCCGCAUGUUACUACUGAGCUCAGCAACCACUUAUUCGAAAAGCCCAUCGUAGCCAACUCAUCAACUGCAAACGCCACAAAGCCCGGGCCUUGUGGCCUCGACCUCGUGUCCCUCAACAUACAGCGCGGGCGGGACCACGGCCUGCCGCCCUACCCCGAGUGGAGGGAACACUGCGGCUUGUCCCGACCGAAGAAUUUCUCAGACCUCAAUGACAUCUUCGACGCUUCUUCUCUUGGCAGGAUCUGUAAGAUUUACAAUUCAGUAGAUGACAUCGAUCUGUACACCGGAGCUUUAGCAGAGGACCCUAAGGGCCGUCUGCUAGGUCCCACCCUGACUUGCCUCAUAGCCGACCAGUUCAUGAGAAUUAAAGUCGGCGACCGAUUCUGGUAUGAAUCCUCCGACGAGACCGUUGCUUUUACUAUGGAACAACUAACCGAAAUUCGCAAGACAACCCUGGCUGGAGUGAUCUGCGCUAACGAAGACCUACUGGACCAAGCGCAGCCAAGGGUCAUGGAGGCAGUCGGUCCUAUCAACCCAUUAGUGGACUGCAAGGAGCUCCCGCAGCCCAGCCUCAAGCCCUGGGCCACCGUCAAGAAAGGAAAAUCCUAAAAAAACAACUAAAGGUAAUGUAGUGAUACCUAGUCCUAACUGUACUAGGUGGAUUAUUGAACCUGACCCGGCUUGUUUAAAUUGUAUCCAUUUGUAAAUUUUAAUAAAUCUUUUAGCAAACA